ACAGGACCCGCAUCCCGGAAGUGAACCGUGGUCUGUUUGGUAAAGGCACAGUUAGCAUACGUGUUACUCCACCACUCACUUAUGUUUCAUGUUUGCACUGUUGUACGACGUGUAUCGUCAACUAAUAUGGGAUCACUGUCAAACAGCACGGUGCUGAGAAAUAGAAAGAGAAGAGUUGAAAACACUCCAGAAGCUCAGGUUUGACCUCAAGUGUGUGCAGUUUCUCACACCAUGUUGGUGACCGCAUAUUUUGCCAUCAUUUUCCUGCUUGCCCUGUGUGUUGGCCUCGAGCUCACAGCACGCCGCCUCACUCCACCCCAGUCUACACCCACUGCUGUAGCCAACCCUGUUUUCCGUCGCUUCCAGAGUAUUUUUCUCCGGGCAUACCUUUUGGCUUUGUGGGCAGACUGGCUCCAGGGUCCUUACCUCUACAAACUGUACCGCCACUAUAGCUUCCUGGAAUCCCAAAUAGCCAUUUUAUAUGUGUGUGGCCUGGCCUCCUGUGUUCUGUUUGCUCCUUUUUCAGGCUGGCUCCCUCAAGUUUUGGGCCGCAGACAGACAUGUCUUCUCUUCUGCCUGUCGUACUCUGCUUGUUGUCUCACAAAGCUGUCCAGAGACUACUUUGUUUUGAUUGUGGGCCGGGUCCUGGGGGGUCUGUCCACAUCCCUGCUGGCAACAACAUUUGAAGCCUGGUACGUGCACCGCCACGUAGAAGUCCAUGAUUUUCCCAAGGAAUGGAUCCCCAGCACCUUCACCAAAGCUGCUACCUGGAACCAUGGGCUUGCUGUGGGAGCAGGACUGGUGGCUAACUUGUUGGCCGAGUGGCUUCACCUCGGCCCAGUGGCUCCCUUUCUCCUGGCUGUACCCUGCCUAGCUUGCUGUGGUUGGGUGGUGCUAACAGACUGGGGUAAGGAAGAGGCCACAGAAAGUUCUGAAGGGGACAAACAAACACUGCUUCUUGGCACUCCAAAUGGAGGUGCAACCCGUUUGUCCGCAAGGGCCCGGUUCUCACGCAGCUGCCAAGACGGGUUACGCUGCCUGCUGUCUGACAGGAGAGUCAUGCUCUUAGGUGGAGUGCAGGCGUUGUUUGAAAGUGUCCUUUACAUCUUUGUUUUUCUGUGGACCCCAGUACUGGACCCUCAUGGACCUCCUUUGGGAAUAGUAUUCUCUUGCCUGAUGGCUGCCAGCAUGGCUGGCUCCUUGCUGUACCGCCUAGCCACCUCCACACGGUACCGCCUACAGCCUGGGCAUGUUCUCUGCGUGGCUGUGCUGAUGGCCUUUUUCUCCCUCUUCAUGCUGACUUUCUCCACCGCCCCUGGUCAGCCUAGACCUCAUGAAUCUUUUCUGGCCUUCCUGUUACUGGAGCUAGCCUGUGGCCUCUACUUUCCUGCAGUCAGCUUUCUCCAGGGCAGGGUAAUCCCUGAGGAGAAGCGAGCCGGUGUGCUGGCCUGGUUCCGACUGCCUCUACACCUGUUGGCGUGCCUAGGGUUGCUGGCACUCCAUGGGGAAGUAUCAGGCACAGGUGGAGGAGAGGGUGGCAGCGGCACCAGACACAUGUUUGGAGGCUGUGCUGUCAUGAUGCUGGCAGCCUUGAUGGCUGUAGUCAGUCUGUUUACUCUAGGUAGGAAUGACACAGACCUGAGACUGGAAGGAACCAGAGGGGAGGGGGAUAUGUACUGAGGAGCUAAACCACAGAUCCAUUUAUGUUUGACUGGUUUAAAAUGUAUUGUGUGUCUGAAGGUAGAAACCUCAUGUGUGUUCACUGGAGUAGUCCUAAUUCUACAAUUUGCCAAAAGAAUUAGUGAUGGAAAUCAAAGACCAAAGGGGGUAUUUUGAUGCAUUAAAACCAAUUGAUUUUCCAUUUUUAUGUUUGCCUUGUUACUUCUUUGUUGUUACAAAUCCUGUCUGUCUUGAUGUUUUCAGAACUAGGCCAUAUCUACUUUCAUUUGUCAUUCAUAUCAUUUGUUAAAUUGUUAGAAUGUUUGUUUUGUUCAAAUUCAUUUAUCAUUCCGUGAACUGUUCCAGCGAACAUGUUAUUGCCUCGUUGUGUCCACCUAUAGGGAGAUGGGCUGAUGUGUUUGACAGGAUAUAAUUAAUAUCAGCUGUCAGUAUCCCCUGUAAGGAUCAGUAAUGUAAUAACUUCCAUUAAGAAUAUCCAAAGAAAUAAAGUCAUGACGAACAUGUA